UAAUCACUAUUUGUUUUCAGUUCUUUUCCAAUGGAUAUGGAUUCAAGUCUGCCAUUGAACCUGGACUCCAGCUUGCCAGAUAAAAACUUUAAGAAACCAGCUUAUUUAGCUACUGUUGGAGAAGUCCAACACGGUAGCAAGCUAGCAGAGAAAUUUUCAAAGAAGUUGUUGGAGACUAUACAAAAAACAGUUGAUGAGAUGUGUUCAGAAGUGCUAAAAGAGAAGAGUGACACUAAAACUAUUGAAUUGUUAAACCAAAAGAUUGGUCAGGCGAGGUGGAACUACUGUGCAGAAUUGAACGAGCUCAAACAUAACUUCCAAUUAACAAUGUACGAGAUGAAGACAGGCUGGGAAUCAGAGAAGGAACAAAUUGUAAAAGCUCUCACUGCUAAACAUCAUGCUGAAAAAGAACUGGCUGUCAAAGAAGCAAAGAAAAAACAAUGGUGUGCUCAGUGUGGAAAGGAGGCUAUAUUUUAUUGUUGUUGGAACACGAGUUACUGUGACUAUCCCUGCCAACAGAACCACUGGCCUCAACAUAUGCAUACUUGUCUCCAAACAAACAAAGACAAAACAGCUUCUUCAAGUUCAAAUAGUACUAUAAAUCAAGGACAACAGGGUCAAAGCCAUAGUGUGAGCCAGUCCCCUGCCAGUAUUCCAGUGUCUGUUGGACCAAGUGCAACUCCACAAACAUCGGCCAGUGUUCCUACGCCACCUAAUGAGACAGAUCAUUUGCGUCGGCUCCAGGACAAUCUUACUUUGGCCUUGCAACGUGAAGAGGAGAAGAGAGGUGAAACUAGGCCAGGAGUUGGUCCAAAGUUCAAUCCAUCUAUGUCGUCUCCGAUCAUGCAGAAUAUGAGACAACCUGGACCCGGCUCGGCAGGUAUGAUGUUCAACAUGCAGCAGAUUCAGAGAACCAGGUUCCUCGGACAGCAACAGAUGGCAAUGCAGGUACAACAGCGAUCAAGCCUGUCUCAGGCACAGCAACAAGGUAAUCCCCGUAUGUUGUUCUCACAGCCUCUUGUACAACAGACUGUCUACCCACUUCAGAUCCAGCCCCAACAGCAGCUUGCUCAACAACAGCUCGGAGGGACCAUACUCUUCCAAAAUCCUCAACAAAAUUUAAUGACAUAUGGAAUGGCGCCACGGCCUUACUGACCUCGAAAAGUGUCACUUUGCAAGUAUGGACUUGCAGAAAUGUGGAUACAUGCAAAGUAGUAAAAUAUUCUGUAGUCAUGUGGAAAUGUUAAUGUUUGAACUUUACAUCAGUAUAUGUGCUUCCUGAAGAAACAUCAUAUAACCUGUUCUUCAACAAAACAAAACAGAACACUCCAUGACUUGUGAAUCUGUUUGUGGAAAAUAUAUAUUAAAUGCCAGCAAGUCUUCAUUGACAUUGAAAUGUAUCAUCAUCAAUAUUGUCAUACAGAAAGUGGUGUUCAUACUGCACAGUGUGUUUUGUUGGGGGAAAACAUUAUCAACUAACGAAGUAGGGGUACAAAUAUUGAGGGAAACUUGUUGAGUUUGUGACAUAAGUGCAUACAACAGUUUUGUAAAUGCAGUUUUUAUUUGUAUUAUACAAAAUGAAAUUUGUUACCGAUUUUUAAAUGCAUGUUCUGAAGUUGUGCAUAGAGGUGCACAAAGGCAAAACAUUUCUUAAAGCAAGAUGUUCAAUAUAUACAGACGUAUAUUGCAUGUUUUAACAUCAUAAGAGUUUAUUUUCAAGCUACUGUUACAGUUUAGGUGAAAAAAGUUCUCCAUCUAUAAAAUCUGAAAUUCAGAACUAACAGAAGAUGUGAAAAUCGAAAAUAUAUAAACACUUAGAGAGACUGGUGACAAAAUCUGUAUUAGCAAACAUCUCAACCUUCUGUUAAUUAGUGCAGACAAAUUUGCCACUUUUACAAAAUACAAGGUUUGAUAUCUGUUUUGUCCUUUGCAAGAAAUUUUAAGGUUCAUCAAUGUAAGAAUACAGUUUGUUAUAUUAAGGAAAUGCAGCUUUUUAGGUUUUCAUUUGUCUUUAAUCAAGUGUCUUAUAUUAGUGAAAAAAAAAUUCUUUGGUUGCAUUAACCUUAUCGUAACUGAACAUAGUAAAGUAGUGAUAUGUAUUUGUUAGAAGAGAUUGUAGUUUUACAAGUGGGUGGAUCAUUGUUUCAGAGGUUGAUGAAGGGCCCUUGUGGAUGAGUAGUUAAUGUGGCUGACUUCAAAUCACUUGCCCUUCACUGCUGUGGGUGCGAAACCUCGCUUUUAUUGUUUCAUAUGAGAAAGCCAUCCAGCUGUCUUGUAGAAGAUUGGUGGUUCUGCCAAGGUGCUCACCCAUGCUGAAAAAAUGCCUACAAGGGCAUGUAAGGUCUCUCCUCGCCAUAUGAUACAUACCGGUAAUUCAGGGUUGCCACCUACCUUGAAGUCAGGGAAAAAUUAUUUGUUUUCAAGGUCAGUGAAUUGUCAGGGAAAUAUGAAAUUUUAGAAAAGUCAGGGGAAAAUGAAAUUUUGGGUUUAUGUUUAAAAUAUUCAGUGGCAAUGGCAGUCUUCAAGCAGUAUUUCCAAACACAUUUUGGUGUAAUUGUGAAUAAACAUAAUUUAAGUAUGUUUGAAUCAAUUUCGUUCUUAUGUUAACUUUGGAAUUUGAAGACUGAAAGGCUUUGCAACCCUUAAAAGUGAGGAUUGGAUGGCAGUAGGCGAGGAGGAGGCCGAAAUAUGGUGGUAUUGGUCAGUGAAAAGUAUGGUUUAGUCCGGAAAAUGUCAGGGAAUUUCAUUUUCUCAACUAAGUGGAAACCCUGUAAUUGUGCGAGUGUGAUGUUAAACCAAACAAAAGUAGUUGAUGGAUCAUGGUUUCAGAUGGUCAUAGUGGAUGGGUCAUGGUUCUACUAUUGCUGAUCAACUUGUUUAAAUAAAACCUGUUAAAACAGCUUCUUGUUCUACCAAUGUAUGUUGUUAAUGAAGUAUUUAGGGCAUGUUGCUGUUUUUCUUUGCAUGCUCAAUAAAAAACAAAUUUGCAAGUA